AUGCCUUGCUCAAGGCUUGUUGGUCCUAGUGGCCUUUUGCUUGCUCUUCUUCCCCUGACGGCUUCUGCUGUCUCUUACUCCUAUUCUUUGCAAGAUACAUAUGCUGGAAGCAAUUUCUACGACGGCUUCAACUUCUUCACAGACCCGGACCCGACUCAUGGUUUCGUCCAGUAUGUAGACCAGGCGACAGCCGUCAGCAGCGGCAUCCUUGGGUACGGUUCAGGCAAUACUGCUAGAUGGGGCGUAGACGACACCACAGUGCUCUAUGCCAACUCUACUGGUCGUCAAUCAGUACGUCUUGAAGGCAAGGUCAACUACAACCAUGGCCUCUUCCUUGCCGAUAUCAAACACAUGCCUGGCUCCAUCUGCGGCGUCUGGCCUGCCUUCUGGACUCUUGGCGACUCGACCUGGCCUACUCACGGAGAACUCGACAUUAUUGAGGGCGUCAACAUGGCUAGCACCAACCAAAUCGCCGCCCACACUGCACCCAACUGCACCAUGAAAUUCCAAAAUCAGACCGGUUGGGCGAAUGGCUACGACUGCGCUGUCAGCACUGGCGGCGCCGCGGGUUGUGCCACAGGCUCCAACGACCAAACCGGCUAUGGCGAUGGCUUCAACUCCAACGGCGGCGGAGUCUACGCCAUGCAAUGGACCUCCUCAUUCAUGAAAGUGUGGUUCUUCCCUCGCAACGCCAUCCCCGCCUCCAUUUCCUCUGGCUCGCCUUCCCCGUCUCUUGACUUUGGAACUCCGGUCGGCAACUUUGAUGGCGGCAGCUGUGAUAUUGACUCUCACUUUAUCAAUCACCGUAUGAUCUUUGACACUACGUUUUGUGGUGAUUGGGCGGGGAGUGUGUAUUCGUCUACCAGCUGUCCUUUGGCUAGUAGUGGAAGCAAUGGCUGUGUGGAUUAUGUGGCGGGUAAUCCUAGUGCGUUCACAGAGGCGUACUGGGAGGUCAACUACAUCAAGCACCACCAGCAGCAGCAAACCCACCACCAGCUCAUCAACCACAAAACCCACUUCGACCUCUUCAACCCUCAAACCCAUAACUUCCUCUUCAUCCACAAAAACGUCCUCAACUACCAAACCCUCAACCACAAGCACAUCGAGCAAAUCGUCCAGCAGAAGCACAGCAUCGUCUUCGUCAUCGAAGAAAACGUCUUCCUCUUCUUCGACUUCAUCGACGCUACGAAGAAUGCGGGCGUUACUGUGAGGAGUACGGCUGUGGUGAAGAGUUUGUCGACGAGUUCGAGUAAGAAGGUUUCGUCGAGCAGUAGUAAGAAGGUUUCGAGUACGAGCUCGAGUAAGAAGAUUACUUCGACGAGCAGUAGUAAGAAAACCUCCUCGACGAGCUCGAGUAAGAAGACGACUUCGACGAGCAGUAGCAGCAAGAAGACGACUUCGACAAGCAGCACAAAAAAGACUUCUUCGACCAGCAGCACCAAAAAGCCCAGCUCGACUUUGACGACCAGCACUGUCAAGCGCAGCACUUCUUCUUCGUCCAGCUCCAAGAAACCUACCAGCACAAUCUCAAAGCGUGUCUAG